AUGGGUCUCAGGCCCCAGCUAGCUGUCAUCCUGCUCUUCUUUCUCGAGUGUACCGGGAACCGUAUCCACGGAUGCAACGACAAACACUUGAAAGAGAUCAUCAACAUUUUGAACCAGGUCACAGGAGAAGGGACGCCAUGCCUCGAGAUGGUCGUGCCAGACAUCUUUACAGCAAGGAAGAACACCACGGAGAGCGAGCUCAUCUGUAGGGCUUCCAAGGUGCUUCGCACAUUUUAUUUAGAACAUGAGAUACUUCCGUGUUUGAAGAAGAACUUUAGUGUUCUCGCCCAGCUGCAGAGACUCUUUCGGGCCAUGAGAUGCGCGAAGCUACCGAAAAGCUGCACCCUGAAUGAGUCCGCGCUCACAUCAUUGAAAGACUUCCUGGAAAGCCUAAAAAACAUCGUGCAAAUGGAUUACUCGCAGUACUGA